AUGGCCACACUAUACAUGGCCACACUAUACAUGGCCACACUAUACAUGCCUACACUGUCCAUGGCUACACUAUACAUGCCUACACUAUCCAUGGCUACACUAUACAUGGCUACACUAUCCAUGGCUACACUAUCCAUGGCUACACUAUCCAUGGCUACACUAUCCAUGGCCUACACUAUCCAUGACCCGCCACGCCAUCUUGUCAUCGCCGCCCAGCAUGCGUAUCGCGUUGGCCUGCCCCGUCGUUUCAGCUUGCCGGCACCUGACAGCCAGCCAGCCUUACCACAACGUCCGUCCGCACGUUUCAGCCCUCUUAAAACGUGGGAUCGACAGCUUCAAUUGCGGUUUCGUGGGGAUCGAUGUCACCGUGCGGCCUCUCUCGAAUUGGCGCGUUUUGUGUCUUGUCCGAUUCUAUUCUUUUUCUGUUUUGCUUUGUUGCUGCUGCUGGCAUACGACGACCGCGUAACGAACACAUACCGCUUCCUCCCACGCAAUUUCGCUAUACCAGUAAUCCACGACAUUCGACAUUCGACAUCCACACCUGCAUCCGUCCAUCUAUCAUCAAUACCGACACUGACACUACCAACAUCUACAUCAACGAAUCUCACGUCUACAUCUAUCUACAUCUACAUCUACAUCUACAUCUACAUCUACAUCUACAUCUACAUCUACAUCUACAUCCACAUCUACAUCUACAUCUACAUCUACAUCCACAUCUACAUCAACGAAUCUACAUCCACAUCUACAUCUACAUCUACAUCAACGAAUCUACAUCAACGAAUCUACAUCCACAUCUACAUCCACAUCUACAUCAACGAAUCUACAUCCACAUCUACAUCCACAUCUACAUCUACAUCUACAUCUACAUCCACAUCUACAUCUACAUCCACAUCUACAUCCAUAUCCACAUAUCCAUCCACAUCCACAUCUACAUCUACAACAACAUCACAAUCAAUACCGGAAACCUCCCUACAUACCUCCUCCACGCCACACACCCAAAUCACCAUGCGGCCAACAACCCUCAUCGCCCUGCUCAGCGCCCUCUCCACCCCCACCCUCGCCGCAAGCGUCUUCGCCAUCUUCCGCGACGAGCAAAAAAACAUAGUCUCAAAAACCCACUUUGAAGUCUCCAACCCCGGCUGCUUCACCGUCCACGACGCCAAAAAGGUCGAAUUCACCCAGGCCGGCGGCGGCCUAUCUUUCUGUGGCCCGUACUGCCUGUACUCGUACGAGGACAGCGAGGACGCCAAGUGCGAAAAAGAACUUCAUCACCAGGAGUUUAGCGGCUCGCAACGGCAUGCGAUCUAUGAUCUGACCGAGCAUACGAGAAAUUAUCGCUGGGCGCUCGGGCGCUGUCAGUAG